AUGCACAACGCCAUGGGGACUACUCCAUUUGGGGUCGUUGAGACGCCGAUAGAUGCCGUGCCUGCUGUGGGAGGUCUUUAUGUCAGCAACAACACCAGUGUGAAGUCUUCUGGGGCUUCCAUUCCCUCCGUAGGACUCAACGGACUGCAUUCGAAGGUUCUCUUCCGUGUUGCCACCGCGUUGCUGUUGCCAAUUAUUUUGGCAGUUUCUUUUUGCGUACUCCAGAGGGCGAGAGCGCCGCCGCCGGCUCCAAUGCUGCGCCGCCUCGCUAGCAUUGACGGAGAAAGCACGGAUUCUCAAAAGGGAAGCGAUACUGAAGAGCUUUGCGAAGAGUUGUGGGCAUCGUGGAGCCCCCUUCGAACAGAUUGGGACCAGGCCUCGCCACCAUCCCCUUCCAUCUCAGAAGAAGGACUUGGUGAAGCGCGUUCUGCUCUAAAAAGACGAAAUACCAGUAGUUCCCAACUUGAAGAAGGGGUGGGUGGAGUAAAGAUCGCUCGUCAAGAAAAGUUUCCGAUGGAUUUGGCGGUGGGUCUGGUGGCAGGGAAUGGCUUUGAAUCACCGGAGAUGUUGCAGCCAAGACCAUCAACUAGUUGUCACGUUAGUUCUGCUCAGGAAGGCCUGCAGUUAACGGGAGUUCAGAACAAUGCUCCUACAACUGCCCAGCCUGGAACUGCCUCACACAGCACACAUCCUGCACUGUCACCAGACGGGCAGACCAUGAGCGGUAUUAUUCAGUGGAUGGACGAGCUCCUACAAGAAUAUGGAGAGGAGCUUGAGGAGCUGCACGGUGCUUCGCGUCAACUUGUGAAAUUAACAGAACCGGCACCCAGCAUCGCGGCGCAGCAGUUUGACAUCGCUGGGACUGCCCAGCCAGUAGCUAACACCGUGGCAGGCCACCAGGCCAAAGGAGGCAUAGACUGGUCAAACGAGGGUCAUGGCAAUCACCCAUUACCCAGCCAAGGCUGGGCUUCUGUUGCUUCUGAGCAGUUGCCAUUCUUCGCACCGCAGGGCAAUUCCAUGCUCCUCCUUGAUCUCCCUGUUCAGGCUGUACAUACAACCCGCGAAUUUACGGAUGGCCAGCAACAAUCUGGAGGCCAAAUUCUCCCAGGCGAACUUCCAGGCGCCUUACUACCCACUUAUGGAAGUGGUGGCCAGCAGAUAGAUCUCCAGACCAUUCAGCAGCCACAGCAGGCGUGCUCAUCUCAUUUCACUGGAGGCCCCUUUAAAUCAUACACUAUCGCGUUGCCUUCGUAUACGAUCUCUUCUGUAGACCCAAUCGCGCAGCCUGCUCAACAUUGGGGGCCACAGGAGUUCGAGCCGCAGCUAUCAACACAGCUCGGGGGCUCCGCUAUACGUUUCAUCCCUUCGAGUGGGCGUCAUGACUCUUCUCUCUCGACUAGCCUCUUAGCCCACGAGCAAGCGUCAGCCGUGAGCGUGAUCGGUUCCCCGAAACCGCCGCCGAAACGGACUGCUGCUAAGCGAUCAGUCCCCAAGCGUACACAGGAAACUCCACCGCCAGAACCAGGCCGCGGUGGAAAAACAGACUACCAUAAUCAAAAAACAGACUAUCAUAAUCACCUGUUUUAUCGGCUGCCGAAGCCCGAUUACGUGUGGUCUGCUUGUGAAGUUUUGGGGACCCUUAUGAAUAUGCACUUGUGGUGGGACGCCUACAUGGAUGAACUUUUGACUGUUCCGGAGAUGAUGAUAAGCCGCCCAGAAAAAUCACGGGACCAUGUGGCUCUUGCGGAACGGCUCCUUACCGCCUUGAAAGUGUAUGGAACAGGAAGACGUCCUUGUGCCCGUGAAAUUGUUGAGUUGAAGCAAGAGCUCCUGUGCAAAGAAACCAGCCCUAGAAGGUUCAGGUCUCGUCUGUGGGACCCGUGGAGACACGACAACAUGCGCUCGCUAGGAAGCUCUUGGUCGGACUCACAUUGA